AUGACCAAAAUCCCAAGCGAGAAUUUCCAAAGAAAUCGGAGGCGUAAUUCAGGUCUCGAAAUAGCAGCAGUCAGCGGAUUCACAUCGAUCAAAACACCGCCGACUUUGCCAUAUCUGACCCCCUAUAGGAGCAUCUACCGUAUAUGUUUACACCGUCGGGUAUGUGUCGAAUACGAAAUUGUAGUCGCCAACAGUGGUCGGAGAGAAUGCGGUACUGACAUAGUCAUUUCCAUGGAUCGAGAUGACCUAUUGUUGUCCCAUUAUGCAUUCAUGUAG